UUUCCAACGCGAUGAAAAAAGCUACACUAUACGCCUAUUAUUACUAAUACCGAUUCGUUUCGUGGGAUGAAAUGUUCCUGGGUUUGUUAUGCUAUGAAAAAGCCGUGUUAAGAAAAGUAAAUGUUUCGAUCGGAUCUGAAAUGGUAAAGAUUUUAAAAAUUUGUAGUCUGUUCGUUUAAACUACAAGUCCCAUAAUCCAACGCGAGAGUCGUGAGACGGUGUUUUCACAUCCGGGCACUUUGACUGUACGUAGUUAGCUAGCUAUUGAAAGGAACGAUUAAUCACAAUUAUCAGCAGGAUUAAAGUAAUCGCGUCGUUAUAUAAUUAUAGUAUAGCGAUAUCGUAUUUACAGUAUCAAGCAGGAACUGGUACUUUAACUGUUAUAAGUCGUUUGUUAGCCUCUAAAGGUAAUUGGGUCGGUGAAGAAGCACUUGAUUGGAUGCUGAUCAUAUGACGAAGAAAUAACACAUUCAUGUCAUCUCCUGAGAUCCAGUCUGUGUCCUGGGGCCACAUGAAGGUCAAAGGAUGUUCCUCUUCCUAUAAAGACUGUAAGGUGUGGCCAGGUGGUAGUCGGGAAUGGGACUGGAGAGAGACUGGGACAGAUCACUAUCCAGGGGUCCAGCCAGCCGACCUGGAGGAAAUCCUGAGGAAAGGAGUUCAGACACUGGUCAUAGGAAGAGGAAUGAGUGAAGCGUUACAGGUGCCUCCAUCCACAGUGGAACAUGUGAAGAAACAGGGAGUGGAAGUAAAGGUACUGCAGACGGAGAAGGCUGUGAAAGAGUACAACAACCUUGCAGGACAGGGGGCUAAAGUGGGAGGAGUUUUCCAUUCCACUUGCUGAAGAUGUCGAGCCGAUGUACGGUGCCUUACUUCUUGGCUGCAUGUUAAAAAUCUAAAGCAAUUUACUACCGUUUGUUAUUUAGUUUCUACGGAAAGGUUGUUAAAAUAUGCUUUAGUUCUUUAGAAAUGGCAGUUAUUACAACAUACAAAAUACAAGGUUUUAUUAUAUGGAAAAACUACAGAUCAAUAUUUUCUGCCAAAAUAAAUUCAGUGUUAACCAAAACAA